AUGGCCCUGUCAAUGAAGCCCCUGGAUUUGGACAGCACCCUGAACGAGUUCCAAUGGCUUCUUGAGGGGUUGCCCAGCGAGACCCGCACACUACACGAUAGAACAAUGCAAUCGUCCCGUCUGCUUCACUUCUCAAGUCAGACGACCUACUUCGCGGCCAAGAUGGCGCAGAAGUCCUCUGGCUCCUUUAUGAUGAUCAUUCCCGCGGCAGAGGAGUUGCUGGACCAGAGAGCAGACGCCCGCCAGCGUUCGCCGUUCCGAACUCUCUGA